GAGAAGCAAACAUAGCGAGUAGAUUAUUCUCCCCAAAGUCGCUCUCUCGCUCCUUCGCCCCGUCUGAGCCGUCUCGCGAUCGAACCCUCGCCCUCCUCCCCCCGUCUCUCACCCCUCCUCCUCCCAUUUCCCCCCAUCUCGCGAUUGGCGAAUUCGAUCGAGGGUUUCGCGGCUUUGCUCCCCCACAUCCCAGGCACCCCCGGAUCCAGCUCGACGAGGCGGGCGCUUCAAAAAGCUUCGGAUCGCGCGAGCGGCCAGCCGGGCACCACUCACUCGCUGUUUCCCCCACUCCUUUUCGUCCGCCGCCGCCGCCGCCACGACGACGAGCUGCUCUGCAUCGGGCUGGACUCCUCUCUCCGCUUGCUUCUCCGUUGACCGCCGCUAUUCCAGGGUCCGUUCUGAAUACUCAACAUGAAUCAGCCCACAAAGUGGAAAUCUGAACAUUGAAUCUCCGUGGUUUCGUGAGACACUGAGGGUGCUGAAUAGUGAAUACUGACGGAAUUGUCAUCGUGCAAGAUGUUUUGGCAUGUACCUGGACUUUCUGCUGCAUCACCAGUGGAUACUAUCUUGGACAAGGAAAAUUUCAAGUUGGAAGACCUUCUUGAUGAGGAUGAAAUAAUCCAGGAGUGCAAAGCACUGAACACCCGCCUAAUCAAUUUUUUGCGAGACAAAGUUCAAGUGGAGCUACUGCUACGCUACAUUGUGGAGGAGGCACCUGAAGAUGCUGAAAAGAAGAGGAUAUUUAGAUUCCCGUUUAUAGCUUGUGAAAUAUUUAUAUGUGAAGUGGAUGUCAUCAUGAAAACAUUAGUGGAGGAUGAAGAUCUCAUGAAUUUACUUUUUUCCUUCCUGAAACCUGACCAUCCUCAUGGGACUUUAUUGGCUGGCUACUUUGGCAAGGUGGUUAUAUGCUUGAUGCUGCGGAAAACCCUCCCUCUUGUGAAUUAUGUGCAGGGACAUCCUGAAAUAGUCGGCCAACUUGUUGAUCUUAUUGGGAUCACUUCUAUUAUGGAGGUGUUGAUCCGUUUAAUCGGCGCUGAUGAAACUAUGUAUUCAAGUUAUGCAGAUUCGAUGCAAUGGUUAGAUGACAUACAAGUCCUUGAGAUGAUUGUUGACAAGUUCAGCUCAUCCGAUUCUGCUGAGGUUCAUGCAAAUGCUGCUGAAAUCCUUUGUGCAGUAACUAGAUAUGCCCCUCCAGCACUUGCUACAAAAAUUUCCAGUCCUAGUUUUGUGGGGAGAUUGUUUCAUCAUGCUUUUGAAGAUUCAAGACCUAAAUCAGUUCUGGUGCACUCAUUGUCAGUGUGCAUAUCUUUGUUAGAUCCUAAGAGACUUGUAUCAGCUUCCUAUCAAGCUUUCCGUAGCCAAUUAAGUCAUGGAACAUUGGUCACUGCAAGUCCAGAAACAGUUAAUGGCAUGCUGGAUUGCCUAGGUGAUUUGUUGAAGCUGCUGGAUGUAUCAACCGCUGAAGAUGUUCUGUCGACAACGUAUGGGAGCUUACAACCUCCUCUUGGAAAGCAUCGCUUGAAGAUUGUGGAGUUCAUCUCUGUUCUACUGUCGAUUGGUAGUGAAGUUGCUGAAAUGCGAUUGAUCCACCAAGGAGCAAUCAAACGUGUUAUAGAUCUAUUUUUUGAGUACCCUUUCAACAAUUUUUUGCACCAUCAUGUGGAGAACAUCAUCGUUUCCUGUUUAGAGAGUAAACAGGAGCAACUGAUCGCACAUGUUCUUGACGAAUGUCAACUUGUUACAAGAAUUCUGGAUGCGGAGAAGAACUCUGCUCUGUCAAUAGAUUUAACUAAGCGUACGAUAUCUUCAGAGGGAAGAACUCCACCAAGGAUUGGAAUUGUUGGUCAUAUUACUCGCAUAGCCAACAAGCUCAUUCAGCUAGCCAACAGCAACAUCAUAAUCCAAUCACAUUUGCAGCAAAAUUCUGCUUGGGCUGAGUGGCACGCUAGUAUCCUAACAAAGCGUAAUGCGGUGGAAAAUGUUUACCAAUGGGCUUGUGGCCGACCAACAUCACUGCAGGAUCGAGGUAGGGACAGCGACGAUGAAGACUUCCGAGAUAGGGACUAUGAUGUGGCUGCACUUGCUAGCAAUCUGAGCCAGGCAUUUAAAUAUGGUAUUUACAGUGAUGAAGAUGUUGAUGAGGCUCAAGCAUCACAGGAGCGAGAUGAUGAGGAUGUGUAUUUUGAUGAUGAAUCUGCUGAAGUAGUUAUCUCCUCUCUCCGUCUUGGUGAUGAACAUGAUAGUGGCUCCCUUUUUACAAACUCCAAUUGGUUUGCAUUUGACGAGGCAGACAAAACACUGAACGAUGAUGGCCAAGAGACCUCCCUUUCCCCGAAUUUGGAGUUAUCUUCAUCAAAUGUAGAUGACGAUAUGGAUGAAGUCGUGCUUGGUGAACCUAUCGAUGGCACAGAAGGCCCAGAUUCACUUUUAGCAGUCUCUGAUAGGGACUCAAAAGAAGAGUCUGGUCACGAGGUCUUGACAAAUGGCCCCGAUGAGAAGAUGGAAGAUAGCAUCAGACCUGCAAGUCCAGAUGUGAAAGAAAGUCCACCUGAGUUUGUUGAAUGGACGGAGGAAGAUGCUGAACCUGGUGAGCUAUCAGCGAAUACUGUUGUUCCAAAUUCUGAGGUUGGAAAUGAGAAGGCAAUAGAUGCCAGUGACGGCGUUAUGUCUGGUAUAGCACAACUAGGAGAAGAAAAAGGAAUUGAGAAGGUGAUGGAUGCCACUGAUGGUACAGCACAAUUGGCAGAAGAAAAAGAAAGUGAGAAUUCCGUUGAAUCCUCAGCUCUUGAGACCACAUUAGAAAAGACAUUACCAGAUUCACCAGAUGUUAAUUUAACGGGGCACUCUGAACCAAUUGAUGCCAGCGCUAACUUGGAGUCUCCUAUGGGUGAACAAAACCAAGAAAGCGAGGGAAAAGAGAGUUGAUUUCAGUGGUAUGUACAUCACAGAUUUGUUCACAUGGUGCUGGAUGCCAGGAUGGCAUAUGGUCUUGGACAUGCAGGUUGCUUCGGAACCGGUCAAACCAUUCUUGUUUGAUUAGCUCAGUGGCCGAUGAAUUGAUAUUUUGCUGUACAAUUUGCAUUAGAUGCCCCUGCAAUGCAUCUGAGACCUAACAUGGUUCUGUGGAGCUGCUCAACUCUGUCUUGCCUCAGAUUUUUUUGCAGUCUAUUGUUACUGCAUCAGUGUACUCGACCUGUGCUAGAUAUGAUGCAGAACGCCGAAAAGUAGUCAUCUCCUGCCUGCAACUACUCGUGUCGUAAAUAACUGAUUAUUGGUGAUAUCUAUUCUGAACUUCUGAUACUUGUUCAGGUCUCUAGGUAGUGCUAUUAGUACUAAAAUUUUGAGUGGAAUUCAGACAGAUGGUUAUUGUCAUAUGCACAAUAUGUUCUUAUAAAUUACUAAGAACAUCAGUUUUGUUCACUGUAUGUUUUACUUAAUUCCUCUGUUGAA